UAUGAAUGAAAUUGACAUCUUGGAGGGACAUUGGGAAAUUAAGCAAACUAUGUGUGGGAUACGGGUGAAAUUGUAAAUAUGAAAAAUAUGCUUCAAUCAGAGUGAAAAGCCUUAACUUACCUUGAUGUGUAGCUCAAAGAACUCACGAGAUUGCUUUGCCUUUUAAGUGUCUUUAUUGAGAAUUAGCUAAAUGUAAUUGAGUGUUAGUUGUAUGUUAAAUGCAAAAGCUGUGAACUGAUGGUUAGUUGUUAGUUAGUGCAGUGAGCUGGAAGUUGUUGUAAGUUUGUUAUGUAACUAACUUCCAGCUGUCACUGAGUUGGUUAGUAAAAUGCACAUGGUGCAAAAUGUAUUGUCUAUAAAAGGAGCUACUUCUCCUUCAUUGUUGUACACGAAAAUAAUAUCAAAGUUGCUCUCAAUUCACUCUCUAUCUCUGCAUUCUUAGCCAUGGAAGAUCAAGCUUCCAUGGACUCCACUGCAUAGUCAUAAAGUUUUCAUGGUAUCAGAGCGGCGAAAUUGGGAUCAUAUCAGCAGCUGCGAAUAGAUUUGGCAAUCAAUCUCGAAGUUACUAGAUAGAUCUCUGUUAUGGCAGAGCUAAUAGUAGCUACUCUAGAACACAACCAUCCUGUUUAUCUACAUUCUUCUGACAUACUAGGUGCGUCUUUGAUUCCGAUAAAGCUCAAAGGACUUGAGAAUUAUGGUCUAUGGAGUAAGUCACUACGCAUUGCACUGUUGGUGAAGAACAAGCUUGGAUUUGUGGAUGAAACUUACUUAAAAGGAUCAUUCAAGGGAGAAUUAGAGGCUCAAUGGGAAAGAUGUAAUGCUGUGGUACUUUCAUGGAUUAGCAGUACUGUAGCUCCAGAAUUGAUCACUACAAUUGUAUAUGCUUCGAAUGCAAAACAAGUUUGGGAUGAUUUUAAGGAACGAUUUGACAAAUCUAAUCUCACUAGAGUGUAUCAGCUGUGGGCAGAAGUAUCUUCACUAAAACAAGGCAUAUGCCACAAUCAUACAAGAAGAAAGUCAGAGAUUACUAGGUGUAGUGGACAUUAACAAGGAGCCUCUCACUAUGCUAGUCAAUAGAAGGCACGGUUUCAAAGGAAAGAAAUUGUUGAAUAAUCCCUGUGUACACUGUGGAUAUAGGAAUCAUCUAUCCAAGGAUUGUUACAGGAUAGUAGGAUAUCCUACAGAUUUCAAAAGCAAAAGGAAGCAAGAACAAGAAAGUACUCAAGCAGGCAACACUGGCUACAGACCUAGCAACAACACUCAUAAUGCAGGAUCUGGUUCCAGACCAUAUGCUAACUAUAUCACUGCUGAAGGAAAGGACAUAAACUUACUCUCACUGGGAGGAGUACAACAAUAUGAAGAAUUUAAGACAUAAUAAACCUAUAGAAGCUGGUGGAGAAAAUGGUGAAUGCAAGGCAAACUUGGCAGGUAAUGUGUCACAAACACCUCCUAUUUAUGAUCAUGAUUGGAUCAUUGAUUCAGGUGCCACUCAUCACAUUGCAUCGUAUAAGGAUCUGCUAGAUGAAUUGAAUUGUCUAGGUGAUCCAAAGUCAAAUAAUGUUUAGUUACCUACAGGGAAUAGAGCUCAUAUUACAGGUAGAGGGAGCUUCAUUAUCUUGGGAAAUUAUAAAGUGAAGAAUGUAUUACAUGUGCCUGAUUUCAAGUUUAACUUGCUAUCAGUUGCAAAGAUGACUGAAGAUCUGUCCUGUAGUGUUAGUUUUUUCCCUAACUUUUGUGUGUUGGAGGACCUCUCCAGUGGGAGGUGAUUGGGAUUGGUAGAAUAUAUGAUUGUCUUUACUUGUUAAAGGAUACAACAAAAGCAGUAGUAAAUGUUGUAGUGAAGAAUGAUAGCUUAAUCACAUUGUGGCAUCUGAGACUUGGCCAUCCAUCUAUCACAGCCAUGCAACACAUACCAUCUCUUAACAUUCAUCUAUCUGACAAACCAUGCUGUCACAUCUGUCCUCAAGCAAAGCAAAGUAGACCAGCUUUUCAUGAUAGUUUACAUAAGUCUAGCAGUAUUUUCCAAUUGUUACAUGUAGAUGUUUGGGAUCCUUAUAAAACUCCAACUUAUGACAGAAAGCAGUACUUUGUCACCUUAGUAGAUGACUACAGCAGGGUUACUUGGGCCUGGUUAAUUCACUCAAAAGUUGAUGUUUAGUCUGUAUUGAAAAACUUUUUUUAAUGGUGAAUACUCAAUUUGGUGUUAAAGUGAAAGUGUUGAGGUCUGAUAAUGGCACAAAAUUUGUGAAUUCAAAAUGUAGAGAACUAUUUGCUUCUCUUGGUAUUGUACAUCAAACCUCCUGUGCAUACAUACCCCAACAGAAUGGGGUGGUGGUUGAAAGAAAGCAUAGACACAUAUUGAAUACUGCUAGGGCCUUAAGGUUUC